AUGCUGUUCGCAAGAGUUUUAUGCGCAUGUGCAGAUGAGUAGUGUCCAGGCCUCACUCAAAAUUCAAUAUGGCGGCAGGAAUAAUGUCGAAAAGAGUUGAUUGAGUAGAAGAAAGAAUUACAGACGAAUCAUCUUCAGCUAUGGGCAUUUUGUCUGACACAAAAGGAAGAAAACAGAUUAGUCAAGCCCUUUCAAAACAUUACGUCAAAUUAUGUGUUCUAAGUUAUGCUGCUGGCAUUGUUUGGAUGUGUGCUCUGUCAGAUUCACAGUUCAACAACAGGACAUACUUCUCAGAAAAUGCCCUUUUGCCUGGAAUGGUAAAUGAUGACUACUACAAUCACAAGGCUGCAAACAGCUUGUACCGGGAGCUUCAGGCUAUAAGGGACAAGACAAAAGUCCCUUUAAAGUGGAUUUCCAGCAAGCUGGCUGAUUAUGGAAUCCAAAGCUACCAUCAGAACUUCUCAGCUCAGAUACCACUUCCUGGAAAAACAGAUCCACUAGUUACUGAGGGCAUUAACAUACAUGGUGUGUUUAGAGCACCAAGGAUAGCUGGCACAGAGGCUAUUGUGAUUUCUGUCCCUUACAACGAUGGUAGAAAUAUGGGAGCCUUGGCCCUGAUGUUGUCUCUUGCUGAACAUUGCAGAGGUCAUAGUUAUUGGUCUAAGGACAUUAUAUUUUUGGUAACUGACAAAGAAGCUAUUGGAAUGCAGGCAUGGAUUAAUGGCUACUAUGCAUUGCAGAAUACAUAUAUCAGUUCCUCCCAAUUUGAAGGGCACUCUGGUGCUAUCCAAGCUGCCAUUAACCUAGAGUUGUCUUCCGACUCCCUGGAUAGUGUUGAAGUGUUGAUAGAAGGACUUAAUGGACAGCUACCAAAUCUGGACCUAAUAAACAUGGUGUUGCGACUCCUUAAUAAGCAUGGCAUACCUGCCAUGGUACACUCCCAGCGUAAUCAUCCACGGUUUUCAGGCCAUGGCCCACCAGUUCACAAUUUGGUUUCCAUGGCUAUGAUGAUGCUUCGUCAAGCUUCUGGCCUUCCAUCUGCCAAUCAUGGGAUGUUUCACAAAUUCCGUGUUGAGGCUGUGACUUUGCGGGGAGUUAAAGAUGGAAGAUAUCAUCAGCAUGGUUUCUACAAUAUAGGGAGGGUACUAGAGGGGAUAUGCAGAAGUCUGAACAAUUUGCUUGAGCGCUUCCAUCAGUCAUUCUUCUUCUACCUGCUACCCUCACCUGGUCGGUAUGUCUCUAUCGGGAUGUACAUGCCCCCCUUUGGAUGCUUGCUGCUAGGACCUCUUAUCACUGCGGUUCUACUGUGGUCUGCGGCCUGUGAACCUAAUGAUACUCAGGCAGCUUGCUCAAGCAUUCAGGAUGGUACUGAGAAAGUCACUGAGGAGUGUGGAGCUGAAGACAAGGCUGUGAAGGAUGUUGAUGGAUCUAAACAAAGUGAACAUGUUGAUGAAUCUGUUUUGAGGCAAAAGGUUGCGUUUGCAUGGAGCCCUCCCCCCUUAGGCAGCGUGGUCCCUCUUAUUGUCCUGUCGUAUCUGGGAGGAACACUCCUCCUCUUCACGCCAUACGCAGGCUACGAAUUGGGCGUGGUACUAGACAGGGAUCCCGUGAUGACGUCACUAGGGUGUCUCACAGCGGUUGCCAUGGUUAUUAUCAGUUCACCUGCAGUCCUGAGGUUAUUCACCCCUCCGAAUAACUCAACCAGAGAGCUACACAUGCUUAAAUGCGCCUCACUUGUUCUGUACUCCGCCAUGCUCGCCUCCAUCGCCGCCGUUAAUUUCUCUCUGGCGUUCUUCAUUGCUCUGCUGACUAUCCCGGCUUAUCUCUACGUUUCUCCGAAAAAUAACCGUAUUCAUCGUCUGCUGCAGUUAGCUCUCCUGCUUCUUGCGUCACCGCUAUCGAUUUAUCUCAUCCUCUCCUUCUUCUACAACUUCAUAAUGUCGCCUGAUUAUCUGGACAUUACUACCAUAGCGAACGUUACCAUGGAGAAAGUGUUCCCUGCGCUGAUUGGUUCUUUGAGGGAUGCACAACUUCUGGACACGUGGACCUUUGUCGUGGCAGCAUUGGGAAUUGUGCCUAACUGGACGAUGUUUUGGUAUCUUGGCUGGCAAUAACUGGUCAAUGGCCUAAUGUCUGGAAUAGGAUUUUAUUGACGAUGUUCUGGUUCCUUUGACCAAUACCGAUUGAACAGUGUUUGGUAUCUUGGCUGGUAACAGUUGUCGAGGGUCUGAUAUCUGAAAUUAGGAUUUGAUUCACGAUGUUCUCGGUACUGUUGACUAAUACCUAGUGAACAUAGUUUGAUACCCUGUCUGGUAACAACUUGUUAAAUUGCCAGUGACUGGGCAACAUGUUGUAUGCCGACAGUAAUUAGCUGGGAGUUUAUGGUUGGCAGAACUAGGAAAUGUUCUGAAAUCAUGGCAUUGCAUUUCCCCUGCUUUUAUCGACUUGUACCUUGAAAAUAAUAUGGCUGGAAGUAACAAGACGACAAAGUUUGCUAUCUUGGGUGUUAUCUUGACGGACAGUAAAGUCAUGGGGCGCGGUAACUGGUAUUUUUACUUUCAGUAAUCGGGCAGUAAAGUCAUGGCGCGCGGUAACUGGUAUUUUUACUUUCAGUAAUUGGGCAACGUUUUGUAGAAGCAGGGGAAGUGUAACUUAGUAAACUUAACAUUAGAGUCUCUAAAUAAAUUGUGACGAUCCUU